AAAACUUUCUUGUCUUAGAGUAGACACCAACACCAUCUUUGAAUUCUUUACCUGUCUUUACCAACAAGCCUAGGUCAGCAAAUUGGCAUUUCUGACCAUUUUCCAAGCUUAAUUUUUGUUUCAGCUUGUUCACAGUACCAAAAUUUAUUUAAGGAAUUUGUUUUUGGUGAUAACUACAAAAGUUUGAAUUGGAAUAACAAAAAUGUCAGAAUCUAUUCUUUUAGAUGAGAUUUUCACUGUAACAUCUGUUGAUAACCAGAAAUAUCAAAGAGUUUCUCGGAUUACUGGUACAUCUGCACAAAAUGAUAUGGGCCUGACUCUCGAUAUAAACUCACAAUUAUAUCCAUUGGAACAAGGUGCUACUUUCAGUUUGCAGUUAGCUAGCAAUUUGAAUAGUCAAGAAUUGAAAGAUGCCGCAGACUAUAUUAUGUAUGGCAAGGUGUACCGGGUUGAAGAAGGAAAGGACGAUAAUAUCUCUGUGUACAUCAGCUUUGGUGGACUUCUUAUGUCUAUUGAAGGUUCUCAUCGUAAACUGUACCGUUUAUCUUUAGAGCAUGUUUAUUUGCUUAUGAGAAGGUAGAGUGGAAAUGGUUCGUUUAGUUUUGUCAAAAAAAUAAAUAAUUUUGGAUGGUAAUUUUAAUUUACACCUCAAACUCAUGUACGACAACGCUCAGCUUGAAAGUGAAACUUCAUCCUGUUAACCUCAUCGACAUCGUUGUUCAUAAGUUAC